UGUUAUGUUUCUGUUGAUCGCUUGACAAAAUUUUUGGCUCAUACAGAACUUGAUACAAAUUCUUAUUCAACAGAAGAUACACCUGGUAUAGCUGUUGUAGUUGAACGUGGAGUAUUCGGUUGGGAUCCAGAUGAAGAACCAACCUUAACAAAGUAA